AUGCCGCCACCUCCACAGCGAUAUGUCACUCCAACCCGGGGAAAGCAGGUCAUCGAAAUUAGAAUGAGCUUGGAUCGCAAUCAUCGGGUUUCGGGGAAGAUUCCCUUUUGCUUGUUGGCCUCGAACCUGAUGACCUGCGAGCCUUCGCCUGCUCCCCCUCUUCCGGGCCAGAACCUCAGAUAUGCUCGCAUGAGCGUGGACAAAAAUCCCAAAGAAGAAGGUGAAAUGAAAGCAGGCCAGCAGGGUGCCACGGUGCGCAAGGUCUUGGCCCGUCGCCGGAGGGUGGACAUGAGAGUGGAAUAG